AUGAAACAUAAUAAUCAAAUACCAAACGGACAUUUUCAUAAAAAAUGGCAAUUACACGUACGUACAUGGUUCGAUCAACCCGCGCGAAAAGAGCGUCGUCAUAAGAAACGUUUACAAAAAGCCAAGAGAGUUGCACCACGACCAGCAAAAGGACCAUUGAGACCAGUCGUCAGAUGUCAGACAGUUCGUUAUAAUAUGAGAGUUCGAGCUGGACGUGGAUUUUCAUUAGAUGAAGUACGUGCUGCUGGUUUAAAUCCAAAAUAUGCCCGAACAAUUGGUAUUGCUGUUGAUCAUAGACGAAGAAAUAAAACAACAGAUGCAUUUCAAGUAAAUGUCCAACGUCUCAAACAAUAUCUUGGUAAAUUGAUUUUGUAUCCAUUGAACAAGGAUAAACCGAAGGAGCAUGAGACUAAGGUGGCAUCAGGAACGGCCCCGAUAUAUCCAACGCAAAUAAAAACAAAAGUAAUGCCAGUUAAAAAUCGUUAUAUACGUGAAAAACCUCGUCCAAUUGGUGAUGAUGAUAAGAAAUUUAAAGUAUUUCAAUCAUUGCGUAUGGCACGCGCUGAUGCAAAACUCAUUGGAAUACGUGAAAAGAAAGCGAAACAAGCUGCCGAAGAUGAGAAGAAACCGAAAAAAGAAAAAUAA